GAACUGACGCCAAUUUUGACAGUUGUCUAAUGAGUCCUCGCUGCGUUUACGUUGUAAAAUUUUCAUCAACUUGCAAAUCAUUACGUGUUUAGUUAGAAACUUUAAUAACAAACAAAAUGGUUGCGAGAGUAGCCGGUGUCUUUGACGAGAAACUAACAGAAGCGAUUGCCAAUUCUAAAAUAUUGGUUGUAGGUGCCGGCGGUAUAGGUUGCGAGAUACUCAAAAAUCUUGUGCUGACCGGCUUCCCUUACAUAGAAAUUAUUGACCUUGAUACCAUAGAUGUCAGUAAUUUAAAUCGUCAGUUUCUCUUCCACAAGGAACAUGUUGGGAAGUCGAAAGCCCAGGUGGCGAAGGACAGCGCUCUAAGCUUUAACCCUAACGUGACUAUCAUUGCGCAUCACGACAGUGUUAUCAGCAAUGAUUACGGAGUCAGCUAUUUCAAACAGUUCAACAUUGUUAUGAACGCUUUGGACAACCGUGUGGCUCGUAACCAUGUGAACAGGAUGUGUCUCGCUGCCAACGUGCCUUUAGUUGAAACUGGAACAGCUGGUUAUGCUGGACAGGUCGAACUCAUCAAAAAAGGUCUAACACAAUGCUAUGAAUGUCAACCAAAAGCACCUCAAAAAAGCUUUCCAGGGUGCACAAUCCGUAACACUCCAUCGGAACCGAUCCACUGUAUUGUCUGGGCUAAGCAUCUUUUCAACCAGUUAUUUGGUGAGGAAGAUCCUGAUCAAGAUGUCAGUCCAGAUACGGCAGACCCUGAAGCAGCAGGAGAUGCAGGUCAAUCAGCAUUGUCAUCAGAAGGAACAAAUGCCGGAAAUGUAGAGAGGAAAAGCACUAGAGCAUGGGCAGCGGAAACUAAUUAUGACCCAGAGAAAUUGUUCUCGAAAUUAUUUGGUGAUGAUAUUCGUUAUUUAUUGUCUAUGGAGAAUUUGUGGAAAAAACGCAGGCCGCCCACCCCGUUGGUGUGGGACAACUUACCCGGGAAGGAUGACUUGCCUGCACAACACUCAGGUCUGCCUGACCAGCGUGUGUGGACUGUUCAUGAAUGUGCACAGGUGUUUGCAGCAAGUUGCAAGUCUCUUCAAGCAGAUUUGAAAGGACGUCCAGACGGCGAUCAUCUUGUUUGGGACAAGGAUGAGAAGAGUGCCAUGGACUUUGUGACAGCAUGCGCCAACAUCCGUGCGCACAUCUUCAAUAUUCCUCUCAAGUCACGGUUUGAAAUAAAAUCAAUGGCGGGCAACAUUAUCCCUGCAAUCGCGACAGCAAAUGCUAUUGUGGCCGGCUUGGCGGUGCUCCGUACCCAGUCAAUACUGAGAGGGCAAAUAGAAACUUGCACCAGUGUAUACCUCAGACCUAAGGUCAACCACCGGGGUCAACUGUUUGUACCUGAGAAAACACUUACACCACCCAACCCCAAAUGUUAUGUUUGUGCACCAAAACCGGAAGUUGCACUCGCUUGUAACCUCAAACAACUGACACUCAAAGAUCUCAAUUCAGCUUUCAAAGAAGGUCUAAAUAUGCAAGCUCCAGAUGCCACUGUAGAGGGCAAAGGACUUGUGGUGUUAUCUUCAGAGCCUGGAGAAACUGACCACAACAAUGACAAGACUCUAGAACAAAUUGGUUUAAACGAUGGCUGUGCAUUGUUAGUUGAUGAUUUCCUACAAAACUAUGAAGUAAGAGUUCGACUCCAGCAGGAAGAUGAGGAGAAGUCUUGGCGUUUGGUGACAGAUACGGAUGCGCCAAUGCCGGCACCGAAGGAAGAAUCAACGAACGGCUCCAACGGUGCUAAUGAGCCGAAGCCAGGCCCGUCUAGAAGCCGCGAUGAUAGUGACAGUGACAUGGAGAUCGUCGAGGAGGAUGAAGACGAGCCGGUCGUGAAGCCGCCGAAGCGCAGGCGCACCGAAAUGUCCGACGAGGUCGUUGAACUCUGUUAACAUAUUAGGAUAUUAGGAAAAGUACAAAUAUUACAAUUUGCAAGGGGGGAAGUGAGGCACAGCCGCGUGGGUCACGACCCCCAUAGAAUUUUUUGUAAUACCCGGGAGUACUUUAAAAUCUGUCCCCUAAAAAUUUAUUACUAUUCUCAUGCAAAUUUAUAUGUAAUAUUUGAUUCUCCACACUUUUCUCAGAUUCACCAUGUUUAAUUAAGAUUAAUAUAAUAAGAAGUGAUGAAAUGUAGCAAUAAGUAAUAUGUUACCGCAAUGGUGCCAGAGUGCCUGAUUGCGUUGAUAAAAGAUCUUAAAGACAAUUAGAUCAGUAUAUAAUAUUGAGAAGUUAAAUUAUUCUACGGAUUUUAUCGUAUUACGUAGUUGCAAGCUGUUGUGGAAAUUAGCAUACUAUCAAUAUCUAUCAAUAAAUAUUAUAUUAUUAUUUAAUAUAAGAAGUAAUAUAAUAAAUAUAUUUAUUGUAACAGGUACCUGCUAGUCUUGUUAAUCAGUAGGAUACAAAAAAAAUUUGGUCUGAUAUGUGAUCUUGCAGUUGCAAAUGAACUAGCAGCAACCAAACGCAUGUAAAAAAGAAGUUAUUAAUGCUUGCACAAUAUUGAAUAUUAAAAAAAGUUAAUUACACCGAAUGAUAAAAUCCGUAAAUUUUUAACAGGCUAAGUAACCUUCCACAACAUGUAAAUGUAAAAUAUUCUGUUUGUGGCAUGUAAAAAUAACUUGAUGCAAUGUUAAAUGUAACACAGAUACCUGUUUCAUAUUUUUAUACCUUUGUAAAGCAGAGACUACAUUUGUAUUACAACCACUUGAUUUGAGAUUUACUUUUUUAAAACAGGACAUGUAACUUAAAUGGAUUAUAUGACUCGUUACUUUAAGCUAAAGAGUGAUAAUAUUAAGAACAAUUCAACAUAGGAUAAGUAUAUUAUCUUCCUAGUAUUUCGUAAAUAAAUUAUAAGGUAACAAUA